CUCCCGCCUUUCCUCUAGUCGCCGCCGGGAAACGCGCUCGGGGGCCCGGGGUGGGUCCUCCGCCGCGCCGCCGUGCCGCCGCGCUCCGCUCCGCGGGGGCCAUGGCCGCCUCCGACGAGGCGCGGCACUUGGCGAGCCCGUCACACUGCUCCUCCUACGGCGGGACGGGUCUCGGGGACCCGCGACCCUCCUGUUCGCACGGAACUCCUCUCAAAUCUCCUCACUCGUUUCAUAUAAUGCCCAAAACAGCUUGCAUAUCCCCACAACUGUCCGACUGUGAUACACAAAGCAAAAAAGAAAAUAUCCGUUCCUUGACUAUAUGUGGACAUGUUGGUUUUGAGAGUUUGCCCGACCAGCUGGUCGACAGAUCCAUUCAGCAAGGCUUCUGUUUCAAUAUUCUCUGUGUGGGAGAGACUGGAAUUGGAAAAUCGACACUGAUUAACACAUUGUUUAAUACCUGUUUUGAAGAACAUGAAUCCUCACAUUUUUGCCCAAAUGUUAGACUUAAAGCCCAAACAUAUGAACUCCGGGAAAGUAAUGUUCGGUUAAAAUUGACUGUUGUGAAUACAGUAGGAUUUGGUGACCAAAUUAAUAAAGAAGAGAGCUACCAACCAAUAAUUGACUACAUAGAUGCUCAGUUUGAGGCCUAUCUCCAAGAAGAACUGAAGAUCAAGCGUUCUCUCUUCAGCUACCAUGAUUCUCGCAUCCAUGUGUGUCUUUACUUCAUUGCUCCCACAGGCCACUCUCUGAGGACACUCGACCUCUUGACCAUGAAGAGCCUAGACAGCAAGGUGAACAUUAUUCCACUGAUUGCCAAAGCAGAUACAAUUUCUAAAACUGAAUUACAGAAGUUUAAGGUCAAGCUCAUGAGUGAACUGGUGUGCAAUGGCGUCCAAAUAUACCAGUUCCCAACGGAUGAUGAGACCACUGCUAAGAUCAAUGCUUCAAUGAAUGGACAUAUGCCAUUUGCUGUCGUAGGAAGUAUGGAUGAAGUCAAAGUUGGAAAUAAGAUGGUUAGAGCUCGCCAGUACCCUUGGGGUAUUGUACAAGUGGAAAAUGAAAACCACUGCGACUUUGUAAAGCUGCGGGAAAUGCUCAUAUGUACAAACAUGGAAGAUCUGCGGGAACAAACUCACGCUAGACACUAUGAGCUGUACAGGCGUUGCAAACUGGAGGAGAUGGGUUUUAAUGAUAUGGGCCCAGAAAACAGGCCUCUCAGUCUUCAGGAGACUUAUGAAGCUAAAAGACAUGAAUUCUAUGGUGAACGCCAGAGGAAGGAAGAAGAGAUGAAGCAGACGUUUGUACAACGAGUAAAGGAGAAAGAAGCUAUAUUGAAAGAAGCAGAGAGGGAGCUGCAGGCCAAAUUUGAGCACCUUAAGAGAACUCACCAAGAAGAAAGAAUGAAACUUGAAGAAAAAAGAAGACUUUUGGAAGAGGAAGCAAUUGCUUUCUCUAAAAAGAAAGCGACCUCUGAGAUGUUCCAAAGCCAGUCCUUUAUGACAUCAAGUACCACAAUGAGAAAGGAAAAGGAUCGUAAGAACUCCAAUUAUAUGUAACAGGAGUUACAGAGCAAAGAAGUCAUCACAAGCAAAAGUUAUUAAAAAGUUAUAAGUAUGUGUUGAUUUUCUUGCUGUUUUUAUUUGCUUUAUCACAAAUCUGUUUGGCAGCUUGGCACAGUUAUUAACACUUAUGGACAAAUAUUUUAAGGUAUAUGGUCAGUACAUAAGCCAGAGUGCAUUUUCUUACAUAGUCACUCUUGUUUGAAAUCUCUGAGUUGUUACUUUGCAAUGAGUACGUCUCUUGUGCUGCUGCCGACUUCUUAACCCUUUGCCAUACUUUAAACCAAAAGAGCAAAGGCCCCAUGCCAUUGAAAAUACACAACUCUUCCAUACUAUGGGUCUAUGAUUCCAUUUCUAUUCCAGGCUCUCUUUUUUUGUAUAUACUAAACAAAAAAUUGGGGAAUACAUUUUAGAAUGUAUUAUGGAGCUAAAACUUCUAACCUCUAACCUUAAAAGUUUUAUAGAACUUUUAAAUUUAUGGUGCAAUUACCCAAUUGGUAAUAUCUUGAGCUUUUCUGUCAAAUUAUAUAACAUGAUGUCUUUUUAGGCCUUACUGUGUUUUAUAUAUUGCUGUGAUGAAACACAAUAUGCUUAGAAGUUAAAACAUCCAGCUAUUUAGACCUUUUAUCUAGUGUUAUCUAGUGUAUCUUUGAACCUGGUUGUAUUACAUUAUUAUUAUAUCUUAAGUACUUGUUUGGAUCCCUUUUCUGGGAGAAAAUAAAGUUGAAUCUUUUUUAUUAAAAUAUUUCUUAAGAAUGUAACUGAAUAUCUGAAUAUUAAAUAUAUAAAAAUAUGAUAUCAUAUUUCAAGGGAUAUUUGCAUUUGGUGUCUUAAUAACAUUAGAAUGUUUUAAUGGUUCCUAACUUUUUUAAAUGUCAGAAGCAUAUAGAUUUUCAUGUUUUGUACUUAAAUAUUCUAAAUAAAACUGACACAUUUGACAAAUAAAAAUAUAUAUUCAUUAAG